GCAUGCCCCCCCACCCCCCUCCCGAUCGAGCGGCCGACACGGUGACUUGUCCCUUUUGAGCGCCGAUAUGCCGAAGACCCCCUCGGGACAACCCUACCCAACCCGCAACCGUGCUCGGAGCCAAGCCGAAGAAAAGAAAGACCGAGAGACACCCUGCAGACACUCCAAGAAGCACCCUCAAAGCUACCCCGGGGACACCCCAAGACGUCUCCAGGGCGUUGCCGGCCGACGUUGAUCUGAGUGAACGGGGAGCGUGUUGGCGGCAGAAAGAAGUUUGAAGAAGUUUGAAGCCGGAGGCCGUCGUCCGCACCUUGGUGGCACUCCUCCUCCUCAUCCUCCUGGUCCUUGUCCUGGUCCUGGUCCUGGUCCUGGCCCUGGUCCUCGUGGUGCUCCAGCUCUUGGCUCCUGCCGCUCCUGGUCGAUGGCGGUCCUUCCCGUGCGGGUGCGACUGUUUCGCGCCGUGUGGCGUCUGAAGGGCGUCUGGGUCGUGGCCUUCGCUCCGCUGGUCCUGCUGCCGCUCGCCCUCAGCACCAAGGAGGCGGCGUGCGCGUACGUGAUCCUGCUGAUGGCGCUGUACUGGUGCACGGAGGUCCUGCCGCUGGCCGUCACGGCGCUGCUGCCGACCAUCUUGUUUCCCCUGCUCGGCAUCAUGCAGUCCAAAGAUGUUUGCAUGCAGUACCUGCGAGACAGCAACAUGUUGUUUGUGGGCGGGUUGAUGGUGGCGGUGGCCGUGGAGCACUGGAACCUCCACAAACGCAUCGCGCUCAAAGUCCUACUCGUGGUCGGCGUCAGGCCUGCGUUGCUGAUGCUGGGCUUCAUGAGCGUGACGGCCUUCCUGUCCAUGUGGAUCAGCAACACAGCCACGGCCGCCAUGAUGGUCCCCAUCGUGCAGGCCGUGCUGGACCAGCUGCAUUGCCGUGACGACGCAGAGGAAGGACGCCAGACGACGCGUGAACACGUCGCGGGCCCCGCGGACCCCGCCUCCGCAAAGCAGAGCGCCUCUGUCGUCCGAGUGCCUGACGCGGAUGCUUCCGGAAGGACGGGAGAGUGCGAAGAAAGAACGGGAGAGGGCAGAGCGCCGACAACGACCUGCGAGGACGUGACGAUGUCAACACUCAAACCGCCACCACAGGACAAACCCGCGUCUGCGCCAAAAGCGUCCGUGUCGAGCGUGGUUUGCGCGUUGGAGGCGGAGGAGGCCGACGGCGUGGACGAGCAGCGGAAGCGUUUGAGCAAAGGCCUGCUCCUGAGCGUGUGCUACGCGGCCAGCAUCGGCGGCAUCGCCACGCUCACCGGAACAGGACCCAACCUGGUUCUGCUGGGCCAGAUGAGCCAGCUGUUCCCGCAGAGCGGCGGUGUCAUCAACUCGGCGUCCUGGUUCGCCUUCGCCUUCCCCACCAUGUUGAUGAUGCUCUUCAUGGCCUGGAUUCUACUGCAGCAAGUCUUCAUCGGACGCAGCCUGCGGGGAGCGUGGUCGUGCGGGGCGGGGCGGGCGGCGAAGGAGCGAGCGGCGCGCGACGCCAUCGAAGAGGAGCACCGGCGCCUGGGUCACAUGACCUACGGCGAGGCCAGCGUGAUGGCGCUCUUCCUCCUGAUGGUGCUGCUGUGGUUCACGCGGGAGCCGCGCUUCGUGGACGGCUGGGCCUCGCGGGCCUUCAACGCCGACGCAGAGUUCGUCACGGACGCCACCGUCUCCCUCUUUGUGGCGCUUUUAUUGUUCAUCCUGCCGUCCCAGCCGCCCAAAUAUCUCUGCUGCUGGAGGCACAACUCGGACCCGGACGCGCAGGUGUGCCAAGGCCCCGCCCCUCCCCUUUUGACCUGGAAGGUGGCGCAGGCCAAGAUUCCCUGGAACAUCGUGCUGCUGCUGGGCGGAGGCUUCGCGCUGGCCAAAGGAAGCGAGGAGUCGGGCUUGUCGCGCUGGUUGGGCUCCCAGAUGACGCCGCUUCACUCCAUCCCGCCGUGGGCCAUCACCGUGGUCCUGUGCCUCCUCACCGCCACCUUCACAGAGUGCGCCAGCAACGUGGCCACGGCCACCCUCCUCCUCCCGAUCCUGGCCUCCAUGUCGCAGUCCAUCAGCGUGAAUCCUUUGUACGUGAUGAUCCCGUGCACCCUGAGCGCCUCCUUUGCCUUCAUGCUGCCCGUGGCCACGCCCCCCAACGCCAUCGUCUUCUCUUCGGGCUACCUCAAAGUAGCCGACAUGGCGAAAACCGGCGUGGUGAUGAACGUCAUCGGCAUCGCGUGCACCAGCGUGGCCAUCAACACGUGGGGCCGCGUCUUGUUCUCUCUGGACUCCUUCCCCGAGUGGGCCAACGGCACGACGCACAUUUAAUUUCGCCGCUCCAGCUGCUUUCGCUUGUCACGUGGUGUUUUGAAUGCCAUGAUCUGGUUUGGAAAAGUUGCUUCCUACCUUUGACCGUUUGUUGACUCAGAGCGCUCCUGAAUAUGUCAGCAACGUUUUCAUGAUCAGACGCGUUGGAAAUGUAUGUUUUGAUAGAGACAUUUGUUAAUAAUCUAUUUUCAUUUAUUAGGAGAAUAUGAAGAUCAUAUUCAGGUAAUAUUGUGAAUUUUAUGUGUAUUACAUUCAUGUGAAUGUUAUUUUCCGUUAGACUCCACUUUUGAGGUUAUCGUUUGUGUUGAUGUUGUUUUUAUGUUCAAGUUUUUGACUUAUUGUACAUAUGUAACAUGCUAACUCUUUUAUGAUCUUUCAAUAAACAUUUUCACACAAAAUCGUG